AUGGGUGAUGAGGCUUGUGCUUCAGAGGUGGUGCCAGCAACGGGGCCAGGACCGCUUCCCGCGAUUGACCUCAUGGAUAUCCCGUUCCAGCACCACCAGUACCGCAGCCACUACCGCCUGCAGCAGCUGCUGCAGCACACCACCAGGUCCUUGAGCGAGCUCGUCCGAGCAGGAAGGGAUCGUUUGGACAUGGCAGGCAUGGUACCAAGGACGACAGGGAUAAACUUUUGCACUACGUUCGAGAACAGCGAGCAAGUCGUCGCCUUCGACACUGCCUUGCGGCCCCGCCUGAAGCGAUGGGCCGUCAGAUCAGUCGUCAGACAUUUCAAGUUGGCCAAGUGUUCGAACAGCGCACUUCGCCUGUGCAUUCGACGUCGCACGAAGACAGGUCAGACACGCGCUGAGAGUAGACUGUUCUCCAUGGGCGGCGUGCUCGAGGUCGCGUACGACUAUGGGAGCCGCCCGGCUGUCGUGGCUGCUCUGCACGGCAUCUCUGUGAAUUCGGUUCAGACCAUGCGGCGCGUGACCGCCGCAGCUUUUUUACAUUGCCAGCACCUCGGCUUAGGGCAGCUGGUCAAGUUAUGUCAGCACACGAAACCUUCGUUUGUGAUUUCGAGGCUCGCUUUCGACGAGACUGGCGAGAAGCUGACCGUCCCUGUGCCUGGAACCUCUGGCGAUGCUGCAGGGACGAACAACGCGCGGCACAUUUUCGUGGCGCGGCUUUCUCUUCAUGUUGGGUGGACUGGCCGUGCUGGGAUGGACGAGACUGUUGUCAGGCAAGACCUGGUUUUGCCGAACUUGAUCUUCGCGGCGCCGAAUGCUCCACAGAUCAUCGCAAAUUUAUUUGGACACAAAGCCUACACGCCAGUGUUUGCGGCGCUGGAUAUGUUGCGUUCGCUGGCCGACAACGCCAUUUCAUUAUUGGAGGUGGAUGGGGCCUCGCCGAACGAGAUGUUCUGGGCGCACCUGCUGGAUCUGAACCGCGACAAGUCGCUUCUCGAUUGCAGGUGA